UGAACUUUAGCCCUGCAGUCUGGACUCCACCUGGAAUGUGGGCCAAACUCGGAUCUCAAGGUGCAGUCAUAUGACUCCUGGAUGGCUUGAAAACAGAGGCAACGAGGCUGCAAAUGGUCGCCUGAGACCUUCAUGAGAAGUUCUGAGCGUGUGAUCGAUUGGACCCUGUUGGGAGGAACCGGCCGUGGCUGUCCUGUUUCGCCCCAGCUCGCUCACACGGGGGAGAUGGGAAGCGACGGGAGCGGUCGUGUGUAGGAAGAUGACAGCAGUGUGUCUGCUGGAGCUCUGUGGAAGCUCUCCUUCACCUGUGCGCCGGGUGAGCGUCACCUCUGCUGGCACAGAUGGAAGACCCGAGGACCGGGAGUACACGGCGGGCGGCGGGAGAAGAGGCGAAGUCAGCGGGCGGGCACCGAUCGGAUGUCCGCUUCCAGAGGAGGGUGGCGGCGGUGUGCUCUCCUGCUGUGGCCGCCGCACGCCUCACCUUACCUGGAGUGAUGGACGCUGAGGGGAGGGUCGACGAGUCAAGACUGAGGAUGCACAUAUUUAAAAACGGUGGCGUGUCACCGUCUGAGCGUGGCCUGGUGUGGCGUUUCCUGUUCGGCAUGUACCCGUGCAGCUCAACGGCCCUAGAGCGUUCUUUGCUGCAGGAACAGCUGAUCAUGCGUUACCAGGUCAUGAAGAGAAAGUGGCAGCAGUUUCUUCCCUCAGCUGUGCGGAUGCACCUUAACGGCACCGAUGCUGAGUUGGUGGCAGCGGUCAGGUACUUCGACCAGAGGCAGACACAGGCCCAGCAGCAGACCCAGGAUCAGUCAGAGGAGGUCAGAGACAGACUGGCUUUCUUGGAGCUUCAGGCACAGAUAUUGUUUGAGCGGGUUACAUUUGACCAAAGGGAGCUGCGGGAGGCCACCCGAAUCAUCGACAAGGAUGUUCCACGGACUAACAGAGACCUGAGCUACUACCAGGGUGAAGGAUCGGGCAAUCUGUUGGUGUUGAGAGACAUCCUCAUCACUUAUGCUGCUUUUCAUCCAGAGGUCAGUUAUGCCCAAGGAAUGAAUGACCUGUGCAGCCGGUUCCUGGAGGUUCUCGACUCUGAGGUCGACACCUUCUGGAGUUUCUCCUGCUACAUGGAGAAAUUCUCCAAGGACUUCAGGGCCGAUGGUCUACACAGAAAAAUAGAGUUGGAGGCUGCCCUGUUGAAGGAACUGGACCCUCAGCUUUAUGCUCAUUUGGUCACAGACAGCAUGGAGAGCUUCACCUUCUGCCACAGGUGGCUGCUGCUGGGUUUCCAGAGGGAGUUUGAACACAGUGAUGCGUUACGUUUGUUCGAGAUCCUGAGUUGUGAUCACCUGGAGCUCAUCUCCCAACAAGUAGACCAAGCCCGCUAUCAGGAGAGGCUGGCACGAAAAUUCAGCGCAGAGGACAGCUCAGAGUCAACGCUGCAGGCCAUCAACACUGACUUCACCUUUGAGCUCUUCAUCUGCGCGGCCAUCCUGUUGGAGAACAGGGAGGCUCUGCUGCGGUGCAGAGAUGAUGUACAGCUCAUCCAGUUCACAAGCAGCCUUCAGGGAACACUGGACCUGAACAGCACGCUGAAGAAAGCCGAGCGACAUCUGUACAACUACUGCAAACGCUGUGCCUGGGACUACAUGAACGGACACUGCAGAGAACACAAGAGCAAGGAAGUGGACUUUCUUUAUCAGCUCCGCAGUUUGCUUGUUUUAAAGUGAUAGCUACGAUUUAAAUUCGUGCCAUCGGAGACUUUCAUGAAACCGUAAAUUGCAAUAGGGGAUUUAUACUCCCUCUUUUUAUUUAUCUUAUUUCUGAGGGAAACGUCCUGGUGAACUGAUGGCUGCUUACCUUAAGUUUGAUCCGUUAUUGCUGUUAAUUAUAAAAUUAUGUACAGUAUUUAUUGUAUGAAAGUUGACCAACACCACACGUGAUUCAUUUUGGUUGCCCCCCCCCACCCCACCCCAGCCUUAAUGCAUAUGAGAAGCUCUAUACACAAGAUUUAAAGGCUUUCAAUUCUGCUAUGCAAUAUUCAAUCACUGGAAGAAAACAGCAGCCUGACAGACAUGACUCAAUACUAAGAUCUGGUGUGUCGCAACAGGUGGUGUGUGUAACUGUGGUGAUAUUUAAUGCCAGAUGGCCUAUGUGUCAGAGAGGCCUAUGUAACAGGAAUAGACGUCCACGUUUUUUUAGGUCUUGCAGAGGGACCAUGCAGUAAGGGGAAGUAAAACUACUGCACAGUGUUUUCAAACAGAGAAUCAAAAUCACUUAUAAGUAAUAUAAAAAUGAAUACCUCAAUAAAACCACUGAAGAUUACUUAUACGUGGUGUUGGUAAUAAUCAUGUCUAGUUUUAAAUCUUACGUUUUGUUCAUGCUUUGAAUGAAAUAUUCCUUUCUCUACUCACAAGUGCCUCCAGGUAAUAGAUAAACCAGGAUUUUUUUUAAAAAAAGGGCAAAGUUGGAAAUGUAGGAAUGCACAUGAAUAAAGUUCCCACAGAAAAACACAAAAACAGCA